AGUAUCGACAUCGAGCGUAUCAAUCUCGCGAUCAACUACAAUCUCCCGAACGACUUGGACUCGUAUCUGCAUCGUGUCGGACGUGCUGGUCGCUUCGGCACCAAGAGUCUGAGUAUCUCCUUCGUCGCUACCGCUGAAGACGAGGAUGUCCUGAACUCA